CCUAAGAGAGGAGAGGUACUCUUCCUAUCAGCUAUGCAUCCAUCUACCUACCUAUCUGCCUACCUUUUUCCUUGGUUGGCCGCUAGCGCUUGCUGCUGCCAGGUACCUACCUACCUAUUACUUACUGUCUUCAGCUGGCGCCGCCAUUCCAUUUGCGGACCAGAGCUCCCGUCGUCGCCCGUCCUUCCCAGUAGCUGGGUUUCUUUUGCUCAUCGCACAGUGAGGCACAUUGGUAGCAGCCGCAUGCUUCUUCCUCUGUGACUUUUCUUUUCUUUCUCUCUCUCUCUCUCUCUCUUUCUCGCUCUCUCUCCUCUCUCCAAAUACAACCAACCGCCUACUGACUUGACCUUCUUACGCCACCUUGCAUUCCGCGUCGCCGACUUCCUCCACUGCUGAGCUGCUAGCUCAACGUCACAGGUGUGAAGCUGACCGCCUGGAAGACAUCGUGAUACGUGACGUGCCCUGCCGAGCUGUUUUCAGUAGCAUUGCUGGGGUGUGUGGUUCUUACUAAAGGUCACCUCCGUCCCGAUCCCGCAACUGGUUACGGAGCAGAACCUUCGCCCUCUCUUAUCGGCACAGCCCACAAACCUCUCUUCGCAACCCCCUCAAAUUCUUCUUCACUUGUUGCGCUUGUCGUGACGGUCGUGCUGCCGCCAGUCACCUCUCCUGUGCUCUCCGCAGCGUGCCAUCUCGACCACCCGUGCCGUCGCAGCUGCCGUCACCAACACCAUCAUGGUUGUCUUUGACGGUCACGAAUACCUCACCGAGGAGGAGAAGCGCCUUAGGGAAGACAGGAAACGCGAGAAGUACUGGAAGAAAUGGGGUCCCUAUGUCGCUGAGCGCCAAUGGGCCACCGUGCGAGAGGACUACAGUCCCGACGGAGACGCGUGGAGUCACUUUACCCACGACGACGCACGAUCCCGAGCCUACAGAUGGGGUGAGGAUGGAAUUGCAGGCGUUUCUGACACCCAUGGCCUCCAGAACCUUGGCUUUGCGUUCUGGAACGAGGAAGAUGACUUCCUUAAGGAAAGAUUGUUUGGUCUUUCGAACCCGCAGGGCAACCACGGCGAGAGUAUCAAGGAAGCCCACUUCCACGUCGACAACACACCCCACUCCUACAUGAAGUUCCUGUACAAAUACCCGCAAAAGAAGUUCCCCUACAAGGACCUCCUGGACGAAAACGCAAGGAGAGGCAAGGAGGACAAGGAGUACCAGAUUGUUGACACAGGCAUCUUUGAAGAAGACCGCUACUGGGAUAUUUUUAUCGAGACGGCAAAGGAGACGGACGACCCCGAGGAGAUCCUAUUCCGGGUCACCGCCUGGAACAGAGGCCCCGAUCCGGCACCGCUCCAUAUCGUGCCGCACAUGUGGUUCCGCAACACGUGGGCCUGGGGCCGCGAAUCCGAGGACAAGAAGCCAUCCAUUGAGAGCGUCUCUGAAGGCCUGGCCAAGUCCAAGCACCACUCACUUGGAGACCGGUACUUCCUUAUGUCGCCCUCGCCCGGCGUCGGUUCCAGCGGCGAGGACGUUAUCCCCAAGAUGCUCUUCACUGACAACGACACCAACUACGAGCUGUUGUACGAGCAGAAGAACAAGACUCCCUACGUCAAGGAUGCCUUCCACCGCCACAUCUGCGAGGGCGAGAAGGGCGCUGUCAACCCCGAGCAGAAGGGCACCAAGUGCGCCGCCUGGUUCAACUUCAACGAAGAUGGCGGUGUCCCUCCCGGCGAGUGCGCCGUUGUCCGUUUCCGCUUUUCCAAGAAGAACCAGACCUACUUUGACGAAGGCGAAUUCGAUGACCUGAUCGACCUCAGAAUUGCCGAAGCCGACGACUUCUACUACCGUCUCAGCCCUCUUCCCAUGGCUGACGACCUCCGCAAUAUCCAGCGCCAGGCCUUCUCCGGCAUGAUGUGGACGAAGCAGCACUACCUCUUUAUCUGGGACCAGUGGGCGAAUGGCGACCCAACGCAGCCGCCUCCGCCCCCUAGUCGAAAGGACAUUCGCAACUCCCAGUGGAAGCACAUGCACUGCGAUGACAUCCUGUCCAUGCCCGAUUCCUGGGAGUACCCCUUCUUCGCCGCGUGGGACAGUGCGUUCCACUGCAUCACACUUGCAAUGAUGGACCCGGACUUUGCGAAGAAGCAGCUCGAUCUCUUCACAAGAGAGUGGUACUGCCACCCCAACGGCCAGUUGCCAGCAUACGAAUGGAACUUUGGUGACGUGAACCCACCUGUGCACGCUUGGGCCACGUUUCGCGUCUUCAAGAUUGAGCGCAAGCUUUACGGACGCCAGGAUCUUGACUUCCUCGAGAGAGUGUUCCAGAAGCUGCUGCUGAACUUCACUUGGUGGGUUAACCGCAAAGACGCCGAGGGCAAGAACGUGUUCGAGGGAGGAUUUCUCGGUCUCGACAACAUUGGCCUCUUCAACCGCUCUGAGCCUCUUCCUACCGGUGGCUCUUUAGAGCAGGCUGACAGCACUGGCUGGAUGGCCUUCUACUGCCUCAGCAUGCUCAACAUUGCGCUUGAACUCGCGAAGCACCGACGGACGUACGAGGACAUCGCGUCCAAGUUCUUCGAGCACUUCAUCUUCAUCAGCGACGCCAUGACCUUCAGGACAGGCCAGAAGGACGAGAAGUCUCUGUGGAACGAUGAGGAUGGCUUUUACUACGAUGCCAUCUCGUGGGGAGGUCCUUGGAUUCAACAGCUUCCGGUCCGGUCGCUCGUCGGCUUGAUUCCGCUCUACGCAACACUUACCCUUGAGCCUGAGCUAAUUAACAAGCUGCCGUCGUUCAAGAAGCGGGUUGACUGGUUUAUGGAGAACCGCUGUGACUUGGCGGAGAGGAACAUGGCCAGCAUCGCCAAGCGUGGCAAGGGCAACAGAAUCCUGCUGUCGAUCGUCAGCAAAGACAGACUGGAGAAGAUUCUCUAUCGCAUGCUUGACGAGGAGGAGUUCUUCAGCGAGCAUGGUAUUCGGUCCUUGUCCAAGUAUCACAAGGAGAACCCGUUUUCGAUGGAGGUCAACGGGCAGACGUUCUCUGUCGGCUAUGUCCCUGGCGAUUCCGACAGCGGCCUGUUUGGCGGCAACAGCAACUGGCGAGGCCCCAUCUGGCUGUGUGUCAACUUCCUCCUGGUCGAGUCUCUUCAAAGGUUCUUCCUCUUUUACGGUCACGAGUUCCAGGUUGAGUGUCCCACCGGAAGCGGCGAUUACAUGCAUCUGGGCCACGUUUCCGAGGAGAUUCAGCACCGUCUGCAGCAUCUGAUGACACGCAACGACGAGGGCCGCCGCAGCAUCAACGCCGGCAAUGACCUGCUCGACUUCGACCCCUACUGGAAGGACUACCUCUGGUUCUACGAGUUUUUCGACGGCGACAGCGGUCGCGGACUUGGCGCUACGCAUCAGUGUGGUUGGACCGGUCUGAUGGCACGAAUGAUCCACGAUACCGGUAUCAACUGUCGUCUUCCUCACACACCCCGUACUCCCUCGGCGGGAAUGUCGCACUACUUUGAUGACAUCUUUGCUCGCGGCACUGAACGUCGCGGCUCUAUGACCCCGGGCCCCGGUGGCAAGCCUCGGAUGCGGAGAUCUUCUACAGCAAGGUCCAUUGGUGCGAGGAGCGACUUUGAUGAAACCAAUGGCGAUGACUCGCUUAGUAACUCGGCCACGUUGGAUGAUCCUGAGAAGCUUCGCCAGCGAAUGAGGGAGAAGUCGGAUGCAGACGCACACAUGCACCGAUACAUCUCGGACCAGCUCGAGCGUUUCAAGGAAGAUAAGGAGCAUGUGAACGGGCAAGACAACGAGUAUGAGGCUGGUGCCUAGAUUUUCGUUACAGUAAUGGUCAAAUACAGUGUCGGACUGGGGGAAGGCUGAUGCUCUUGUUCCAAAGCGGACGGCCUGGCGGACGUCAAUCAGUGGUGCUAGAGGGUAUUCAUGGGUUGUUUUCCUUGCGUUUGAAUGAUAAAAACCUUCCACUAGUGCACAUAGAGCCAUAUACAGGACUGUUAGACUGCAAAGGUAGACUCGCCCAGAUUUAAUAUACGUAGAAUGGGGUUCAAA